CGAAUCUGCCUGCAAUGCAGGAGGCCCCAGUUCAAUUCCUGGGUUGGGAAGAUCCUCUGGAGAAGGGAUAGGCUACCCACUCCAGUAUUCUUGGGCUUCCCUUGUGGCUCAGCUGGUAAAGAAUCAGCCUGCAAUGUGGGAGACCUAGGUUCAGUCCCUGGGUUGGGAAGAUCCCCUGGAGAAGGGAAAAGCUUCCUACUCCAGUAUUUUGGCCUAGAGAAUUCCAUGGACUAUAGUCCAUGGGGUUGCAAAGAGUUGGACAUGACUGAGUGACUUUUACUUUUCACAUUCCAUGGACAGAGAAACCUGGCGGGCUACAGUCCAUGGGGUCACAAAGGGUUGGACACGAUUGAGCAACUAACACACAAGGCUGAAUAAUAUUCCAUUCUAUGCCUGCUCGGGACCCCACCUGUCACCAGGAGGGGAACAUGGAGGAGGAAGCAGUAGCUGCAGAGCUGCCAACAGCCUGGUCAGAGGACCCAGUGACCUUCCAGGAAGUGUCGAUGGACUUCUCCCAGGAGGAAUGGGCCCAGCUGGCCCCCGCUCAAAAAAUCCUGUACCAAGACGUGAUGCUGGAGAACUACAGGAACCUGACUUCUGUGGGGUAUCAUCUCCGCAAGCCCCGCCUGCUCACCCAGAGGGAGCUGAGAACCCGGAAGAGGAGACUUCUCCAAGACACCUGUGCAGACCAGAAUUCUCAGCUUAAAACCCAAGAGACCACGGCUGGAAGGAAUAAAGUUUGGGAAAAACCAUUUACUGGCAGGAAAGGGGCACCAGCUCAACCUAGAAAGAAGUCCUAUGAACACAGUCUGUGUGGAAAAGCCAUCAGAAGGAAUCCUGACCUGACUACUAAGAGGAAUUACACAGGCGCGAAACGUGAUGAACGUAAAGAAUGUGGGGAAGCAUUUAGUUAUCCUUCCUUCCUUGGGGUGCACGUGUGAUCACACACUGGUGAGAAAACCUACAAAUGUUCUCAGUGUGGGAAGGCUUUCAGUUGCAACUCCUUUCUCGGGCCGCACGCAUGAAUUCAUCCUGGAGAGGAACCAUGUAAGUGUAGCUAGUGUGGGCAGAUCUUUGGCUCGACCUUGAGCCUCGCUGUAGCCAAGAGGAUGCACACUCGGGAGAAGCUGUGUGAAUGUAGUGACUGUGGGAAGGCCUUCGUCAGGAGCAGUGACCGGACAGUGCAUGGUGCACACGGGCGAGAAAUGCCGCCAGUGAAGUGAUGCGGCAAAACCUCUAGCAGAAAGUUCUUUCUGAUGGCGCACAUGAGAACCCAUACUGGGGAGAAGCCCUACCCAGUCAGCACCUGCAGAAAAGCCUUCCAUACGAGCUCUAAGGCGACUGCCCACAAGAGACUACAUGCAAGAGGGAAGAUGUUGCAGUGUCGGAAGCUCUCCAGUCAUCAUUCAUCACGUAGGAAACACGUGAGGAUGCACACUGAAGACAGGUCUGGGAGUGGAAGCAGAGAAAGGCUCAUCGGUCCCACAGGAGAGCAACUCUGUGAAUAGCUUUGGUAUGGGGGGAAGCCUGCUGGGGCUUAAACUACUGCACAAGGAAAUUCAGAGUGGCAGGGAAAACAUAUAAACGUGAAGAAUGUGGGCUUGCUUUUAUUAGGUCCUAUCUUGAAGCUGGAAAUCUAGCUCAUUAAUUUUCAGUCUGUGUUUUUGAAUUUAAGCAGUUAAGGCCAUAGAUAUCCUGCUAAAUACCCUAUUUGACUACAUUACAUGUGUGUGUGCUCAGUCAUGAAGCCGUGUCUGACUCUUUGCCACCCUAGGACUGUAGCCCUCCAGGCUUCUCUGUUCAUGGGAUUUUCCAGGCAAAAAUACUGGAGUGGAUUGCUAUUUCCUCCUCCAGGGGAUCUUCCUGACCCAGGGAUCAAACCUGCGUCUCCUGCAUUGGCAAGUAGAGUCUUUACCACUGAGCCACCGGUUGAACCCGCACAUGGGUUUUAAGCUAAGGUUUUUAAAACUUUGGUUUAGUUCUAAGUAUCAGCUGAUAUAUCUAUUAGACCUGUUUUAACUCACAGUGUCACUUUACUUUUUAAGCCUAUCAAAAUACUACUUCACUUGAAUUUCAUCCAGACUCUCUCCUUCCCCCCAGUCCUCUAAUACCCCUGUGUCUUCCAUGGUUUGGUGGGACACCCGGUGGUUCCUCAGGGAUGUCGUUUCCUGUGUAACAAGUUGGUAAAUCCGACCUUGUUACACUAUAGGUUUUGUCCCUGGUGGUCUUUGGCUGAUUUGUGUUGGGACAAUAAUGUGUAGUCACGAAUACACUCUGCUAGAAAUGAGAAUACAUUGAGAUUCUCAUCUUCUAAAAUGUUCCUAAAAUACCCUUCUAAAAUGUCUUCUAAAAUGUUUUCCUAUACAUUGUUGAUUUUUAUUUAUGGUGUCAGGUUUUGUUGUUCAGUCGCUAAGUCGAACAUAAUUUCUGUUCAAAGUUGGGAGAUGGACUCCAGGAAAUGGAAUUUUGUGCUGAUUGUUGAACCACAGUUUUUUUUUUUUUUUUAAUUUUUAAAAAAUUUUUUUAUUAGUUGGAGGCUAAUUACUUCACAACAUUUCAGUGGGUUUUGUCAUAACAUUGAUAUGAAUCAGCCAUGGGUUUACACGUCUUCCCCAUCCCAAUCCCCGCUCCCACCUCCCUCUCCUGAACCACAGUUUUUUAAACAUCUCUGCUCAUUUUAUAUCUGCCAUUUCCAAGACCAAGAAAAGAAAUCUUUAAAUGUAUUUUUCAUGCAGGCAGCUGUUUCUUUGAACCUCUCUCUGGAGAAUGAUGUUUAAUUUUAUAAUUCUGUCUGAAAACUUACCUUGCAUGUAAAAUGCACCAUUUUAAAUGUCACAGGUUGAUGAAAUUUGACCAGUGUGUAAACCUCUAUAAUCACCAUCCGAAUUAGGAUAUAAAACAUUACCAUCUUCCCAGAAAGAAUAACAUUGAUUUUUCCUAUCAUUAACAAAGCUGUAAACUGUGGAAAUGAAAAUGCUUUUGUGUUCCAUAAUAAAAGCAGCAAUUUGAUAGGGAAAAAAAAAUUGCCUGGUGGAAAUUUCCAGUGGGUAGGACUCCAUGCUUUACUGUAGGAGGUGCAUGUUCUAUCACUAUUUGGGGAACUUAAGAUCCCGCAAGCUGCCUAGCAGCAAAAAACAACAACAAAAACCCUCAAUAAACAACAUGACUUUAAGCCUGGCAGUUUAACCUGAGUAGACAGCCUAGAAGCUGAUUGCCUCAUCACGCAUGGCCACAUCACACGACGUGCUAGGCCAGUGUCCUUCUCAGUGCCCUAAUCAAGAGCUUUGUACAGUACUCUAAACACCUUAAAGCAGUUGCGUUGGGGGUUAAUUUGCAGAGCAGAUUUACUGUUCUAAGUUAGGCCAGUCUGAUGUAUUUCUUUCUCAGCCCUCCAAAACAGUAGGGUUUUUAAAAAUUGUAUAUUUAAAUUUAUUUGACUGUGCCAAGUCUUUGUUGUGAUCCGUGUGAUCUAGUUCCCCAACCAGGGAUCAAACCCAGGCUCCCUGCAUUGGGAACACAGAGUGUUAACCCCUGGACCAACAGGGUAGUCCCCCCCACACACACUAGUUUAACUCUCUGUGUUUUGUGCAUAUUUCUAAACCUACACUUUAAGACAGGGGUUUGCAAACUUUUUUGGUAAAUCGGGAGAUAUUAAAUAUUUUUGAUUUGGUGGGCCAGAUAAUCUCUGUUACAACUACUCAGCUCUACCAUGGCCACAGAAAAUACAUAAAUAAACAGGUGUGGCUGUGCACCAUCAAAACUAUACAAAAACAGAAGCCAGGCUGGCUUAUCCUUAUUUUAAGGCAGAGGUUGCAUUAAGAAAGUGGAAAAAGGAGACUCGUGCUUUCGAAAAGCACUGCACCUUAUUGGCUUAUUUAUUUAAAAAAAAAAACAAAAAAACACUCACAGAACUUUGAAGUGUGGACACUGGAUCCUCAGUAUGUAAGAAAUUGGGAAUUUCCUGACGGUCCAGUAGUUAGGACUUGGUGCUCUCACUGCAAUGAUUCUGGGUUCAGUCCCUGGUUGGGGAAGUAAGAUCCCACAAGCUGAGAGGCCUGGCCAAAGUUAGAAAUAUUAAAAAAAAGUUAAUUUCGAUCGACAAAUGUGAUCUUGAGGGAAAAGGGAAACUAGGAAAUGCAGCUUCCAAAGUUCAGAGAACACACAUUGCUGGUGGGAACUUAAAAUGGUGUUGGUUGUAACUGAAAACCACUUGACCCUAAAGAGAAAUCAAAAGCUGUCCAAAGACUUGCACACAAGUGUUCAAAACAUAUGAUAGCCAAAAAGAGAAAACCCAAAAUUUCCGUUUGGGGAGCUGGAGAAUGAAUAAAUAAAAUAUAGUUAACUGUACAAUGAAAUAUUAUUUGGCCAUACAAAUACACGAAGUUUUUUUUUUUUUUUUCCUUUCAAUUUUUUAACUGUGCCAUGCAGCAUGUGGGAUCUUAGUUCCCCAACUGGAGAUAGAACUUCUGCAGUGGAAGCUUGGUGUCUUAACCACUUGACCACCAGGGAAGUCACGGAAACGAAUGAACCUUGCAAAACAUGCUCAGUGAAUGAAACCAGUCACAAAGGACCACAGACUGUAUUAGCCCAUUUAUGUGACAUAUCCAGAUUAGGCAGAGAGGGCAUAGAAACAGAAAUGAGGUCCACUUUUGCCUGGGCUGGUGGGGAGAACCCGAUUAACUAUGCAGGCAUGAGGGAUCUUACUGGGGUAAUGGAAAUGUUCUAAAACUGGUUCAUGCUGAUAGUUGCACAGUGUGAUACGUUGACUAUAAAUCAUUUGAGCUGUACAUUUCAAAUGUGUGAGUUUUAUGGUAUGUGAGUGAUACCCCACUAAAGUUGUUUUAAAAGCUU